UUUGCUUAUCUUUAUUUUUCUUAGGCUUCUUCCAUAUAUGUUCAGUGAAUAAUUUAUAUAAAUUGGGUGCAAAUUGUUACUAAUUUUCUUACUAUACCGAUCAAGCUUUCAAUAUGAAUAGUCUUGAACUUCUUUUCAUCCUCUUUCUUUUAGUCCCUUUGAGCCAUGCUACUAUUAUUGAAGUUGAUUUCUGUGUUGCUGACCGUAGUCUCCCUAGGGGUCCUGAGGGGUAUCCUUGCAAAAAUCCAGCCAAAGUCACGGCUGAUGAUUUUGUUUUUACUGGAUUCCGUGGUGAGAAAACCAUCACAAAUAUAUUCCGUCUUAACGGAACUGUAGCAAAUCACGAUACAUUUCCGGCCUUGAAUGGCUUAGGUAUUUCCAUGGCAAGGUUAGAUUUGGGUGUGGGUGGAGUUGUCCCCGUACAUUCUCACCGAACAUCAGAAAUUAUUGUUGUUAUUAAUGGGACAAUUAUUGCAGGGAUAAUUGACACAAACAACACAGCAUAUUAUAAAAGAUUAGAAGCCGGUGAUGUCAUGAUUUUUCCACAAUUCUUGCUUCACUUCCAAGUCAAUAUUGGUAAAACUCGAGCUUUAGCAAUUGUUAGCUUAAACGGCGCAAAUCCAGGCGCACAACUCACUACACCAGCCCUGUUUGGUGGCAAUUUACCAGCUGAAAUAGCUGCACAAAUUACCCUCAUAAGUCCGGAAGAAGUGAGACGCUUGAACAUGAUAUUUGACAGAAUUGACACAGCCUCAUAUACCUCAUUUACUGCUUGAAACAUUUGCUUCAUAUACAACAUACACUGCAUGUAUAAUAAAAGAUUUAUGAAUAAGUGUAGGUACCUAAUAGCACAAUUCUAGCUACUGCUGCAGUAAAUAAAAAAUGAGGGUAAUUAAAAGUUUGUGGUAUACCCCUUUA